AUGAAUGCCAAUACGGCUAUCAUUCCCACAUCAAGUAUCGAUUUUCACGAGGCUGGUGCGAGAGCAUUGACUUUAAGCGGUUUUCAUGUCGCGAGGGUGUGUCACUGUCCCCCCUCUCAGUACCUACUGGACACAACCUACGCUGUUUGGGUAUUCCCUGGCCGCGCGGUAGCAAAUCUGACCUCUCUGUCUUCCCACCCACAUAAACCGCCUACCUCACUGGACUGCUCCGCCGCCCGUCGCGCCGUUGUCGCCGGUCCCUGUUUUUCCCUCUGUCCUUCCUGGUCCCUCCCGCCUUUCCUGCGCUGGGCUGCAUAUCCGUACGCAUCCUUCCAAGAAAAGAUACGGUGCGCGCAUCGGUGCUUUACUUCUACCUUGCCUUACCUAAGGUACUAUCUCGACACGACCUUAUUCCGACUUCAUUCCGUUGCCUUGCAUCAUCCGCCAAAUUCAUCUGCCGUCAACCUCGACCCUCGCCUGGUGCACGGCAUCGUGUCCAUGAUCGAGACACCUACCCCACCAAACGUGUUCAAGCCAUGGCAAAUGUCUGCAAGGAUCAAGUGCGUCUGCCCAAAAAUGUCCUCUGCCCCCAGUCCGGCUUCGCGCCAGGCCCCACGCGAGCUCCAGUCCUCCUUCUCUGCCCGCCUUUGUCUUCUCUCCACCCCGCUCAGACAGCCCAAGUCCUGA